AUGUUAUCCAAGGAGAAAGAGGAAAAACUAGCUGUGAUUGAUGCUGAGUUAAAAAAGAAUGAAGAACUCUUAAGAAUUUGUGAGAAAAAGCUAGUUGUUCGUGAUUCUGCAGUGGCCGCAUUGAAAGAACAACUUGAGUAUGUGAAAAUACAAAAUAGAGAGACGCAACGCUUGAAAGAUGAAAAUGAAAGCCUUAAGAAGAACAUUCAGACAAUGAACGGGUUACAGAAAGUUUUGAAUGCAACAAGUGAAGAAGUGGAGAUGAUGCUGCAAGGCUAUUCAGAUGUCAGGACUAUUGCAACAUUUGCCACAGCUUUGAAAAGGGCACUCUGCGAAUCAGAAUCAAAGAAGAACGAAUCAAGAGAUCGGCUCCAGUUGGUCAAGCAACAACUCGCAGCUGAAAAGAAUACUGUUUCUGAUUUGCAGAAUAAAUUACGGUCAGCUGAGGAGCAAAUUGCUGAAUAUCACAGAGAGAAAUCGCAGGAGAAGAAAAGAAAUGCUGUGGAGGCAUUUGGCGGCAACACUAAGAGUGUGGAAUCCUUGGCACCGAUCAAACUACAGAGGCUAGAGUCACCUGUGCCCGCCACUGCCAACAACACUAGUUUUACCACCCUGGUGAACUCAAUUGAAACGUCAGAUUCCCCUUACUUGAGACUGAAGCAAAGCAACUUGGCACUUGCUGCAUUACAGCAAAGACAUCCUAAUGUCCCUGACAAAAGUCUCAAGCCAUCAGAAUUUGCACUCCUCAAUUCUGCUAAGUCUUCACUAUUUAAGAAAACAAACAGUUCAACCAUUGCACAGAAACACAGUAUAUUCCACAAAAAAGAAUCCGCGCUGGUGGACUUUGAAAAGUAUGAGCAAGUCUCAGAGUUGGAUGUUUCUUAUGAUGGUUUGGGUGGACACUCAAAGCCAAACUUAUUCCCAGUGCCUAAUACUAAGCCUGUCAUGAAAGGUCUUAUACCAAGAUUAUCCGCCAAGCACAAACUGAAAAAGCCAAAUACUGCUGGUAGCCAGAAUAUUGGGAAAAUGUUAGAGAAAAUUAAAGAUAACAUU